UUCCUUCUGGUUCACUCUUUGCCUCAUAUUUGAAAGGACUGCUUCUUUGGCUCUGGCUACCCUUUUACGGCACCACUGCAACGCAAGCCAACAGGAUGGAGAGGGUGCAGCACAUGACGCGGUCAGCGAUUCGGAGGGCGUCCAACAUCGAAUUGAACCCGCAGACUAAGCACAACUUACAAUAUCUUAUUAUCAAUUUCUCCCUCAUCCUCAUCUGCCUCCUGCUUAUCUACAUAAUCGUCUUGCUCAUGUAAAACCAAAAGAUGACAACCGGCCAAUCAGAAGAUGAGCUGUGCAAUAUCAUGGAGAAUGUGAGGAAAUUGGAAGUCCUACUGAUGAUGUAGCACAUGUAAAUUUCCUAAAAUGAAGGUUAAUGAUGGCACUUGUAUUUUUCCAUUUAUGUUUGUUGAGUUCUUCCUACAACAAAAAGCAUGUUUCACCUGUGAAUGGCAAAGAGUGUUCAUUUAAUUUUGUUACUUAAAAUGUACAUAUAUGUUGUAGCAUUUUAAAAGUUUCAGUCGAAAGUAGACCCUUUUCAAACAAGUUUUCCUCACACUUCCCCUAGAUUCAAUUGUUGGGAAAACAGACAGUUCCACCCCAAAUUCAUGCCACUGGUUGAGCCAAUAUUUUGAAAGCGCCACAGAGUUCACACAUUUCAGGAAAAUCGACAUACAAAUAGCUUACUUAUAUUUAUAUUAAGCUAGAGCCUGGGACAGAAGAAAAUAUAUUAACAAUAAAAAAAAUACACACUUCAAAGCCAUCUGAACUGUGAACAUCUGUGCUGUGGCCGUGUGGGUUGUAAUUUUACUGUUAUUCUAAAAAUCAAGGUCAUUCAAAAUGCUAAUUUUAGAUGCAAAAAAGAUAUACAUGAAAUAUCAAUUGAGUUUCAGAGGUGCAAAAAGGCAAUAAUCACAAGCCGGAAUUGUUAUAAAUCAGGCACAGAGAACUGCAACUCUUGUAAAUGCUAAGUCUGUCAUGUUGAUGUCCAAAAACAUUUUCUUGUAAUUGUUGCAUUGAAAUGCAAAAUUGAUACAGUUGAAGUCAGAAGUUUAAAUACAACUUAGCCAAAUACAUUUAAAGUCCUGACAUUUAAUCAUAGAAAAUCAGUUAGGAUCACUACUUUAUUUUAAGAAUGUAAAAUGUCAGAGAGAAUCAUUUAUUUCAGCUUUUAUUUCUUUCAUCACAUUCCCAGUGGGUCAGAAGUUUAUAUACACUUUGUUAGUGUUUGGUAGCAUUGCCUUUAAAUUGUUUAACUUGGGUGAAACGUUUUGGGUAGCCUUCCACAAGCUUCUCACAAUAAGUUGUUGGAAUUUUGUCCCAUUCCUCCAGACAGAACUGGUGUAAAUGAGUCAGGUGUGUAGGCUCCUUGCUCGCACACGCUUUUUCAGUUCUGCCCAAAAUGUUUCUAUCGGAUUGAGGUCAGGGCUUUGUGAUGGCCACUCCGAUACCUUUACUUUGUUGUACUUAAGCCAUUUUGCCACAACUUUGGAGGUAUGCUUGAGGUCAUUGUCCAUUUGUAAGACCCAUUUGUGACUUGAGAUGUUGCUUCAAUAUAUCCACAUAAUUUUCCUUCUAUAUGAUGCCAUUAUGGCCAAAAAGGCCAUAGGAAAUUUCACCAAAAACUAAGAUCUUUGUCCCCAUGUGCACUUGCAAACUGCAGUCUGGCAUUUUUAUGGCGGUUUUGGAGCAGUGGAUUCUUUCUUGCUGAGCAGCCUUUCAGGUUAUGUCAAUAUAGGACUCGUUUUACUGUGGAUAUAGAUACUUGUCUACCUGUUUCCUCCAGCAUCUUCACAAGGUCCUUUGCUGUUGUUCUGGGAUUGAUUUGUACUUUUUGCACCAAACUAUGUUCAUUUCCCUGAGACAGAAUGCGUCUCUUUCCUGAGCGGUAUGAUGGCUGCAUGGUCCCAUGGUGUUUAUACUUGUGUACUAUUGAUUGUACAGAUAAAUGUGGUACCUUCGGGCAUUUGAAAUUGCUCUUAAGGAUGAACCAGAAUUGUGGAGGUCCACAAUUAUAAUUUCUGAGGUCUUGGCUGAUUUCUUUUGAUUUUCCAAUGAUGUCAAGCAAAGUGACACUGAGUUUGAAGGUACAUCCACAGGUACACCAUUAGUUGACCCCAAUUAGCCUAUCAGAAGCUAACUGGCUAUAUGCUUGCCAUCAUUUUAAGGAAUUAAUUUUCCAAGCUGCUUAAAGGCACAGUUAUCUUUGUAAAUGUAAACUUCUGACACACUGGAAUUGUGAUAUUGUCAAUUAAAAGUGAAACAAUCUGUCUGUAGGAAAAAUUACUCAUGUCAUGCACAAAGUGUAUGUCCUAAAAGACUUGCCAAAACUAUAGUUUGCUGAUAUGAAAUCUGUGUAGUGGUUAAAAAAUGUGUUUUAAUGACUUAAGUGUAUGUAAACUUCUGACUUCAACUGUAGGUCAGUCCCAGAAAUAAUAUUAUUCACAGUGGGCAAAAAAGAGCACGCUUGCAUUGCUGGUAAAUUAGUAUGUACUUUUAGAAUAUUCAUGUCUCCGUCACACUUCCUGUAAAAAUGAUCGAAUGAUCGAAAAAUGAUCGAAAAAUGGAGAAUAUAAGGAUAUUUUUAAAUGUGGAUAACCAAUAAAUGGAAUGUUUGUUUUAUGUGGGCUGACUGACUAAAUGUUAACACUUUUUAUCGAUACUGACUAAAUAUUUUAAAUAAAUGUACCUAGAUACAAACCAUGUGCAGAUACUGUUCAAGUAAAUGUUAGUACUUAAAUGUGAAGUGUGUAAUUUCUGUGCCACUAGAGUCACAAAAACAAAAAUUAUGAUAGGGUUUUCAAUAGGGUUGGGAACCGAAUACCGGUUUCAUUUUAAAAAAUAUAGCUGCAAGUAGCAGGUCCAAGCAAACCAACUGCAUGUAAGGAAGUUUGACUGGAGAUCACUGAUUAUGACUAAGAAAAGCAGCAUAAAGAAACAGGUAGAAUUGUUAAUAUUACAAUACAAUUCAUUAUAACUCUUUACCAAUAGGUGGCGCUGUCACCAAAUGUAUGUGUUGCUGUCAUGGUGUUGUUACAAUGACACAUACAAAGUUUCAUGUCAAUA